UCACUUGCCCCCAAAAACACACUCGCAUAUCCACCACCACCUCCGUCUUGCAUAUCUGAUCGAAAGGGAGAGAGGGAAGCUGAUGAUGAAGGAAACGAGAAUAGAACAGCAGCACGAGGGGGGGGUUCUUGUUUUCUUAUGAGCGGAAAAGGCGUCACACCGGGCGCAGAGCGCAGCGCGGAGGACGUAAGAGAGGGAGACGCAUCACGGCGAGGGAGAUAGAAAAAAGACGGAGGGAGGAGGCGACAGCGGAUCGUAAACACGACAGAAAACGGCGAGGAGGACUGACAGAGAGCGGCGAUCACCGUCUCCACCGCCGACCCCCGUGUCCCUCCUCAUCUCCCCAUCUCCAUCCUCUUUCUGCGCCGUUUGGCUCGUCCCUUCGCGCAACUAAAUCAUCCGGAUUUUGUUGUUGUAGAUUUUCAUAUUUGUUUUCUGGACAAACCUCUGCUCGGUCUAUCGUAGAUUUCUUUUUAAAUACCCGAGGCAAGUGAGGAGGCUGUGCCAUAACCUACGACCGACGGGAUCCACUGUAGGUCCUGCUCUGGACGGACAUCGGUGCAACCAAUUCGGUGGAUAAAACCGGAGGUGGGGGGUAUGGGGGGGUAGAUGACUGUCGAGUAACCCAGCUGAAGCACACACACACACAGAGAAAGAGAGAGAGAGAAAGAGAGAGAGACCCCGGCCCCCGGUUAUCACGGAGACUCCAGCAUCAUCAGUGCGAUGGCAUAGCGGCUUCUGCAGCAAAGCUACCAGAUCAGCAGGGCUCUCAUCCACCAUGAACCUCUAAAAGACAUCCGACACAGGCACAGAUGGGCAGCCUCGCAGGGGAGAGGAACGUUGCGACAAUAGACUGGCAACGACUGGUGACAUGGGCACAUUGGAAUAAUUUCUACGAUCAUGUCUGGGCUUAGACGUGCCUGGGCCAGCAGUCCACAGCAAGCACCCACACAAUGCCUGCGGUUAUUGUGUUUGAUGAAAAUGCGGCGGCACAGGGUGUUCUUGUUCUGCACAGUGGGCCUGUGCGUCAUCUCCUUCCUCCACUACUACAAGGCCCUCCACUACGUCUCCCUGCUGCGCGAGCUCUCCGCCCCGUACCCCAACAUCAAGUCCUUCAUCAUGGUCACUGGCUUCUUCUGGAGGGAGAAAGGUGUGGGCACCACCCCUCUAAGCCCCGCCUCCCCUGAAGAGGCCCCUCCCCUACCUGGUCUCCGCCCGUCAGACACAAAAGCUAGAGUCGUGGCGAACGCUGUUGGAGGAGGAGGAGGAGGAGGAGGAGGAGGAGGAGGAGGAGGAGGAGAGAUGGGCUUGGGGAUUGGAGGUGCUGGGAUUGUUGGCAGCCCAGGGCUGGAGAUGAAGAGAGGUGGGGAGCCGGCGCCCCCUCGCCCUUGGGAGAAGCUGGUGGAGCACCAUAGGGAGGACACUCUGAAUGAGGAGAGAGCUGAAGACCACUUGAACCAGCGAAAUCCCAGCCACCAAGCCCAUGCCGGACCCAACCUCCCAGAGAUCCCAUUAUUGGGAAAAGAGCACCAGCACAUGUUGCACAAGAUUCUAUUGCCUGAUCCCUUAGAAAUAAUGGGUGACCUCCACACUGUCCUUCACACGCUUCAAGAUGACAAAACACCUUACUUUAUCCAAACCAAAGUUGGAGCCCGUUGUUUUAGACAGGGGACUGAGGUGGCUACCCAAAAGGAGUACUCUGGGAAAUUAGGGGGUUCUGUGGCUAAUGGAGUAGGGGACGGUGCUCGAGCAGUUGGGCAAAGGAAACCUCUGGAGGUCCAGCAGCCGCCCUCCAUAGCUCCAAAAGCCAAGACCAAGGCCAGGGGCAACGGGAAGCGGCUGGUAAAGUGUGUAUGUCGGCCGGGAUGGCAUGGACCUUACUGUGGGGUUCCCACCAUGGUGUAUCAUUCCAACUUGCCCACCAAGGAGCGGCUGACGCCCAGAGACACCCCGCGGAGGGUGAUCAACGCCAUCAACGUUAACCACGAGUUUGACCUGCUGCAUGUACGCUUUCAUGAGCUCGCCCAAGCAGUUGAUCUUUUCCUCGUCUGUGAAUCCAACUUCACUGCCUAUGGAGAGAGACGGCCUCUGAGUUUCCUGCGGCUCCUUCUCAAUGGUACGUAUGACUACAUACGUCACAAGAUCCUGUACGUGUUCCUCGAUCACUUCCCAGAGGGCGGUCGGCAGGACGGCUGGAUUGCUGAUGACUACUUGCGUACCUACCUGACGCGCAAUGGCUUGUCCAGGGUGGUGGGCAUAAGGUCGGACGACGUCUUUGUCAUCAACGACGCGGAUGAAAUCCCAGCACAUGAGGGCCUCCUUUUCCUCAAGCUGUUUGAUGGCUGGACGGAGCCUUUCGCCAUCCACAUGCGCAAGUCCCUGUAUGGUUUUUUCUGGAAGCAGUUUGGCUCUCUAGAGGUGGUAUCGGGCUGCACAUUGGGGAUGCUCCGCGACGUCUAUGAUGGCGACGGCAUCAAGCUCCGCCGACGAGAAUACUACACCAUGCCGGGUUUCCGCAAGUACGAGAACGACACAGGCCACAUCCUGGUGCAGUGGUCAGUGGGAAGCCCUUACCACUUUGCUGGGUGGCACUGCUCCUGGUGCUUCACGCCCGAGGGGAUCUACUUCAAGCUGGUGUCGGCUCAGAACGGAGACUUCCCACGGUGGGGUGACUAUGAGGACAAGCGUGACCUCAACUACAUCCGCGAUCUGAUCCGGACGGGGGGCUGGUUUGAUGGCUCCCUGCAGGAAUACCCCCCUGUGGACCCCAAAGAGCACAUGUACGCCCCCAAGUACAUGCUGGAGCACUAUAAAAGGUACCAAUACCUACUGGAGAACCCUUACAAUAAAAAAUUCCAGACUGAGUGAGGGCUAGAAGUUCAGCGAGGAAUAGAACCGCUAAAUAACUAAUAGGACCCAAAUAUGGCCUCAGCAUUGAGUUUUGGGGGACAGAAUGGUGUUGGUGAACAACAUUUCUCAUUGGAGAAAUACUACAUGUAUCUCCACCAGGCAGCACUGAUGUUGCAGGGACUCAAAAUCUCUUAAAGUCAUUAUUUUGGGGUCAAAGAAGGGAACACUGAAUCGCAUCCACCAUGGAUUUUUGGCCAGAGAAGGUUACAAACACUGGAUAAACAAAAUCAUGCAUUUUCUCAUUCCUCCCAUUCUGGGGGAGGAGUCAAUCUAUUUUUUUUUUUGUGUUCCACCACCCCCCGCACUCUUCUCUUUCUUCACCCGAGCUGAUUUGGCGUGGCUGCCAUCUGAAAGAAAGGGGCCACCUCAAAGUACAGCGAGGGAUUUUUCCCAAUGUUCCCACUUCACUCUCCCGCUUCAGAUGUCUUCCUGUCAUAUUUGGUGACCUCCUUCCAGAAACCGAUACACAUUCAGAUAUUACGUAAUUCUUGGGUCUCAGUAGAAAAGUAGGAAUCCCAUCAAAACCCGCUGGAGUACCCACUGCCAAAUCAAAAGGAACGACUCGAUGGAGAUGCCUCCGCUCGUUCAUGUGCUCACACUCAUCCACAUGCACCUUAGACCUGUCUUUGUGUUUGUGAGAAAAAAAAAUGUGUGUGUGUGGUCUGUCUUUGUAUUAUAUUAAGAGGUUUUGGGCUAUGAAGGGAAUACGAGAGCAGCUAGAGGAAACAGAAAGAGAGAAAGAAUCACCAGGGGGGGACGGGGAAGAAAGACAGCGAGAUGGGAAAACAGCACAAGCGAGACAGAAGACAGGGAAGAAAGGAGAGUAAUAAGGGGGGAAGAAAGCGGUGGUGAAGUGGAAAGAAAAGGAGGCUCUCUUGACGUUCCCCUUUCCCACAGUGUCUGCUGACGCACAAGUGUUAUAGGGAUGAGAGUGCAGAAUGUGUGUCUCCCUCAGAGCUUACUGACAGCUCUGAAUAAAUCUUGCCCUGCCGAUGGCGUCCGAGACAGAUGCCACUUGCCGGUAUCGUUUGUCCGAUGAGAACAAUCAAGACCAGAUGGGGAAAGAUCACCCUUCACUUUCGUCUUUUUGUCCAUCUAGCAUCAGAGAUGACUUUGUUUCCUUGGAAACCAAAGUAUGUGAA